GUCAACGAUCUCAGGGAAGCUCUUUGCACAUACCUCUCGGGGUCGAACAAACCUAACGUUUCACGCUUUGCAACACUCACUGCAAUCAUUUGGGCGUAUAUAAUCCGCGCUCGCCUACCGCUACUCAAAGCUUCAAAGAAUACUCAGUCAGCUCUUGCAAUCGUCGUGGAUCUACGCAAACACCUAGGGUCUUCAUGUUCUUCGCCAGAAUAUCUCGGUAACCUCGUCAUCUCCUCGAUCGCCACAUGGAAACUGCCCCACACGAAAACUGUAGCCCAUGCAGAUGAUACAGUACCGUUGCAAGAGCUGAUUUCAGGGCUUGAGGUGGGUCAAAAGAUCAAAUCUCCUACCAUACCUACGUCCGUGCCGCAUAACGACCAUCUCAAGUCUCUCGCCUCUUUCGCGUCCCAAAUCUCCACCACAACCCGCGCUGUCAAUAAAAAAUGGGCCACUACAGAGCUCAGCCAAGUCCUUCACCACCCUUCAACAGCACAACAGGCCUCUCUUGAAUACUCUAACGGCCCGGACUUGUACAUCACGAGCUGGAUGCACAUGGGUGCGGAUCGAAAAUGGGACAUCCCUGGCGCCGACAGUAGUCAGGCGACGGCGAUACGACGCUCAGCUUGGGUCAGCGAGGGUGGAAUUACUGUCUUGCCGAGGAAGAAGGAUGGAGAAGGUGGUGAAGGGGUGCCGUAUGAAGUCAUGAUCAGUCUUGCAGAAGCAGAUAUGGAAGCUUUCGAAGAGGGUGUGGAGGAAGAUGGAUGGUUGGAAUUGGGUAAGGGUGAUGAAAUGGGCGUGGAGGAUGGCGGAUUGCCGCCGAUGGACGGGUGCGAUAAUAGCCCAUGGAUGCCUCGGUCUACACUCUAA